AUGGCUGACAAGCAACAAAUGGAGGCCGAGGGAGCCGAAUGUGACAGGAAGGAGCUUCUCAAGCACGCGUGUGACCAAUGUCGUCUCAGAAAGGUACGCUGCGAUAAGCGAUCACCAUGCUCGAAUUGUCGCAGUGCAGGAAUCGUCUGCCGCUCAACAGGUGCAGGGCAGAAACCCAAGGAGGAUCGCAGACGGGUUCUAAUAUCCAGCCAGUACGAGAAGAAGAUCGAUCUUAUCGAGGAACGUCUGGGUAAAAUUGAAGAAGUCCUUCUUGAGUUGAAAUCUAGCCUUGCUCGCAAUCCCAAUACUGCUGAGACGUGCUACCACGCGACUCCUGUCUCGAAGCAAAUGUCUCCAGAUACAUCUGGCUUUGCUUCCAAUACAACGGCCGCGUUGGAACAUGAGUCUGGUACUGGGUUUGAGGGCAACUCAUCCCUCGCGGCUCAUUCCGCCUACGCAAAUCGUGAGCAUGCAGAGUCAACCACCUGGGUCUUCGUCAAAAGAUGUUCCAUUGCCGAAUCAGAAAAGCUGUCGGGGUUCGAACUUGCGAGACCUGGUCAUGCCCCAAUUGAGGUGGUUCUGCCAAUUUUGCGCCAAAUAAAAGCGAAUCUCCCUUUCGCCUUCACAUGCUACUUUCCUUUCCUCAGUGUUGAUGACUUUAUCCAGAAAUGUCGCGAGGUGUACUUUGCAACAGAAGAUUACUCUGACGCCACUUUCAUGGUAGCCAAUUGCGGCUUGUAUCAUAUCUUUCUUGAGUAUAGCUUCCUUGCGGAAAGUCCACGGAUUCGAGAUGAUUACCAGAAGUACAUCCAGCUUUGCCGGAAGAAUUUCGAAACCGUGCUAGCAAGCUUGACAUUGUUGAUGCCGGCAAGACCGGAGUUAAUUGAAGCGCUUACUUUGGGAGCUAUUCAUGCCAUUGAAAUAUCCAAGCCCUCGUUUGCCUGGACGCUGACGUCAAAUGCAGCUCGACUGUGUCAGAAUCUUGGAUAUCACCGGAGUUCAUCGAUGAAUCAGUUUAGCGACAACGAGAAAGCAAAAGCGCUUUCGCUUUUUUUGUGUGUUUACUGUCUCGAUAAGGCUCUUUCGCUCAGACUAGGGCGUGCAUCAUCUAUACAGGAUUAUGAUAUUACCAUCCCUGAGGACUUAGGAGGACACAAAGUCGACGAACCUUGGAGAACAGUGUAUCAUCUAUGGGUGAAGAUCGCCGAGAUUCAAGGAAAGGUCUACGAGCAGCUUUACAGUCCGGCGGCUUUAAGUCGACCGGAACGCGAAAGGGUACUUUGCGCUCGUCAAUUGGCGUCGCAGAUGGAAGUAGGCGUCAUGGAGCCAUUCAAGGAGCUCGCAAGGUCGUCUCGUACUCUAUCGCAGAUUGAAGGCUUCGUGAUUAAAUCGGACGAAGUCAGCAGGUUGGCUAUAUUGACUUUAAUAUACAGAGCGAUUCCUGCAUCAGGGGCAUCCACCAGCACUUUUGUACCCGAAUGCAUAGAGACGGCACGGGCUGCAUUGGAGUCGCAUCAGGUUUGCAUGACAAUUUUGAGGGAAAGUAACGAGGCUAUGAAAUGCUCAUAUCUGCAUUGGUCCAUUCUCUUCUCGCCGUUUGUCCCAUUUAUAGUUAUCUUUUGCCACGUCAUCGAGACUUCUUCCCGAGACGAUCUCGCGAGACUAGAAGACUUUGUUUCCUCACUCGGACCGAACUGUUUCCUUUCCGAGGCCAUCACGAAACUACAUAGUCUUUGUCAAGUACUCAGCAAUGUUGCGACGCUAUAUGUAGAGGCGAGGGUACAGGCCCAGAUACAGGAAAACCAGGAUCUAGCAUCUGUGGGUCAGGAGUUCGAUACAUAUCUGAGUGCUCUUGGCUUGGCCCCUGCAUCAGGAGUCGGCGGUUUCCGAUGGAAUACUGCUGCGUCGGAUUCUUUGGCAGCGAGGUCUAUGCCUGCACUUGAGAAUAGUAUGGAAGGACAUGACCUUCCAGCUGGCGUCAUACCACAGACACAACUGGGAAGCUGGUUUUCUGGAAACCAGCAUAUGAUGGGAUUGUUGGAAGAAGAUAUGUCAUUAUGGGAUCCGGCUACAUGGCCUUACUCUUGA